AAGCGUGUGAAUAUGUUAGCAAAUAAAAAAUAUAGUAAACAAAUAUAGCCAAAGCAAAUAAAAGGGCACCGCACAAUUUAAAAGCUUCAGAGUAUUCAUUAUGGUGCGCGUCACAGAGGAUGUUUUCGCGACAGCGGCGGAAAACCCCUUUACAAGGAGAACUGAGUCUGUACGUCGAUUCACACUUAGUAAUGGCGAGCAAAUGAGCGUACAAGUGAUCACUCUGGGAGCAACUAUUACCAGUAUUAAAGUGCCAGAUGAUCGUGGACAGAUCGAGGAUGUUGUCCUGGGCUACGAUAAUUUGGCCGGCUAUAACAGCGCUAGCAAUCCCUAUUUCGGAGCAACAGUUGGGCGCGUGUGUAACCGUGUGGCAAAUGGUCGUUUCGAACUAGACGGUCAAGAGGUGCAGGUAACUCGAAACAUGAACAAUAAACAUCAGCUGCAUGGCGGGCUCAUUGGUUUCAACAAGGCCAUCUGGGAGGUGGUGGCGGUACGAAAAGAUGGCGUUAGUAUGGAACACACAAAUCCGGAUGGUCACGAAGGUUACCCUGGUGAAGUAAAAGCAACGGUGCACUUUACUCUAACCGAGGACAAUUGCCUGCAUCUCCGCAUGGAAGCUGUAACCAACAAACCAACUGCUGUUAAUCUCACCAACCAUGCCUACUUUAAUCUGGCUGGUCACAAUGCCGGUCCGGAUGGAAUUUACGCGCACACCAUAGAGAUAAAUGCUUAUGGCAUCACCGAAACGGACGAGGACUCAAUACCCACUGGAAAAAUUACGGCAGUGGAUGGCAGCGCCUUCGAUCUGCGCGCCCCCUCCAAUUUAGGAGAGCGGCUCAAGCAGUUACUGCCAGCAAACGGCUUCGACGACAAUUUCUGUGUAAAGUGGACUCCACCACAGGCUAUUACCAAAGUUGCCAAGGCAACGCAUCCACCGACUGGACGCUGGCUUGAAGUAGCUAGCAAUCAGCCGGGUGUGCAGUUCUACACAUCAAACUUUAUGCCUGAUACCAGUCGGGGGGAGAAACCUAUCACUGGCAAGGCUGGAGCUUCCUACGUGAAGCAAGGUGCAUUUUGUCUGGAGACUCAAAAGUUUCCAGAUGCCGUGAAUCAUUCGAACUUCCCCUCGGUCAUACUAAGACCUGGCGAAAUAUAUGGGCAUGAGGUUAUUUAUAAGUUCGGCAUAUUCCGGAAGAGCGGCUGUUGCAAGCACUAAACCCUAAGAAAUGGAUCCUCUAAAAUCGUAGUAAACCAUUUUCAUCUUCUUCGCGAUAUUCAAUUCCUUAUACUUAUAACACCUAAAUAAACUACCUAGUUCUAUCUAAUUGA